AUGAAUGCUAAGUUGUUUGGGAACACACUUGCAAUUAGUACGGCUGAGAUCAAUCUUCAGUAUAUAUCAACGGCUCUGAAUUAUUUAUUUCCCGCCCAAACACUUCUCUUCUUAACCUUCACACCUACCCACAUCUCUCUCUCCCCUCUGCUCUCACGCACGUCUCUUCCUUCCUUCUUUAUCUCUCUCCCUCUCUUCCUCUCUGUUUAUUCUUCAACAGAACCCUCUCGACCACCGCCAUUGCGACCACCUCUCUUCCCUCGCAGGACCCUCUCUGUUUCUCCUUCUUCAACAGAUCCCUCGACCACCGCCAUCACGACAACCUCUUCCUCAUCCCCCUUUAUCACUUCAGUCCUCUCCUCCUCGCAACAGAUCUCGCCGAAACCCUCUUUGCCUCUUUGCAAGGUUUCUCCCAUCUCUGAUGGAGAUACAGUUGAUUUUGAUCAUUUUAGCUCUCCCAGGGACGAAGGUGCCCAAAGGUUCAUUCCUAAGCUGCCACCUGCCUUUGGUUCAUCUCCUAAUCUUGAAGCGCUUGCACUUGAAGCAAACAAAUCUCAAGUUCAAGAUGGGGAUAGUGUUGUUUCCCAUGUACAGUACUCCCGGCCCAUGCAUGAAAUUACAUUUUCAACAGAUGACAAGCCGAAGCUCCUCAGUCAGUGCCUCCACCACACGAUCACUGAGUAGUAGAAUUCUGCAGUUGACUGCCUUACUAGGCGAGGUUGGGCUGAACAUCUAGGAAGCACAUGUUUUUUCUACUGUAGACGGGUACUCCUUGGAUGUCUUUGUUGUUGAUGGUUGGCCCUACGAGGUAUUUUCUUUUCAUAUUUUUUUAUCCAGUUAUGUAGUAGAAUGUUUAUAUUCUUAUGGCAAACAGAUCAAGCUACUUUGUGUUUACUAUAUUUUCGUGUUCUAUUUCUUUUUUUUUCAGCAUAUGUGUCAUCAAGAUCUUUGAACUCAGAUCUUGAUUUCUGGAUUUUCACCCAUGUUAGAAUGCCGAAUUGUUCAUUCAAUUUUUUGUCAGAGUUUUUGUGUUUUAUAUUGUCCUUUUCUGUACAAUUGGUGUUAGUAUAUUGUUUUUGUGCUUUCCAUGAUUUUCUGUAUAUUGUUCAUUCAAUUUCAAGCUUAUUUGAUUUUUAAAUUGUGCUCUUUAUGCUACAAGCGAGUGAUAGCUUUGACCAAACCUGUUUACUAUAUACAAAGUUUGCUUUGUAUUAUUAUUACUAUUUUUUUGGAGCUAUGCGCUAUAUAUACUUUUGUAGACCUUUUCCUGGGUCCGUUAAUAUAUGAUCUGUCAUCAGUUUCUAUCUUGAUCAUACAAAAUUUUGGGGCUUCAGUGACAAUUCCCAGCUGAACUUGCAAUCUUCAAGGUGGAUGUGAAGUAUUGUUCAUUAGGUUGAUAGUUUCACAGUCUAAAACAUAUUGUAUAACAGUUUACACCAGGGUUAUUACUUGAUGUUGCAUGGCCUAUGGAGGAAAUUUUAUUUGUGAGAGUGCAAAUAGCCAGUCAGUUGUACAAGAUGCGUGCCUACAACUAUUGUCAUCGGUAUCUUUAUCGUUUAGUCUAUUGACAUACUCCAAAAAUGAUGUUUAUCUUGCCUAUUAGCCAAAUUAUGUUGUGCAUUUUCUAGAUACCACUUUGGCUGCUCGGCUAUUCACUUCGGUUGCUCGACAUCCUGCUCGGCUGCUCGGCCUUGGAUUUUGUAGUCAGUGAAGCAUGGAAGUACAAGAUCAGACUCAUAUUAUCAUUAACCAACAACUGGGAUGCAUAUGGUGGCAAAGCACAAUACAUGAAAUGGGGUAAAGCUGCUGGCUUGAAUUUGACUUCAGAUGAUUUCUUCACUCAUCCAACUCUCAAAACCUACUACAGGGCCCAUGUCAAGGCAUGCUCCUUAAUUACUACUUUUAGAAUAAAUCAAAGUUUGCACAUCAAGAUUUCAUAGAAUGAGAUACAUAUGGUGUUGUAAAUUUAGCUGCAUUUUAAAUUAUAACUACAUUUUUAUCUUAAAAUUAUUUACACCGUGCCUUUAGGCACGGGCAUACGCUAGUACUAAAAUAUU